GUGCUGGAGACUGCAACAUGAACACUUGCAUGCGGAACACACACACUGGAACAUGGGUGGAACUGGAAACAUAAGCAAGUCUUUCAUGAGAUCAGCUUCUACCUGAGCCAUAAAGAGCCAACUGUGCCUUGAAUAAACUGACGAUGGACAUUGUCACCCGGUGAAGGCAAAGGAAGAACGGGUCACAUGACGUUUGAAGAUGAUGAUGGCUCUGACUGGUGAAGAGAACAGAGGUGCUAGGACCAUGGGAUUGUUUGGUGGUCUUACCAUGACGGAGGGGAAAUGUGGUCAUGCCAUUGUAGGUUAAAAAAACCCUUAUGUUGAAACGCUGGCUGCUGGCCCUGAUGGCCCGUCUGGGCCUCAUCGUUCUGGGUAUCUGCUGCUGCCUCAUCCUCUUCUACCUGCUGGCCUGCAAGCCCUCAGCUGGAGCUGGUCACCAGUCCUCCCUGUUGUCUGCAGCGGCCACCACCAAAGAGGGGUACAUGGCCUUGCUGCAGGAGAGGGAGGAUUCUCACAAGCAUUACAUCGACAGCCUGUCCAAGCAGAUCGCCCAGCUGAAGGAGGCUCUCCAGGAGAGGACGCAGCAGCUCCACGAGUCGCUGGAAAAAGCCAAAUCUAAAGGGAUUCUACCUCUGGGUCUGGACAGUCUCCACAAAACCCCCACACAAACUGACCUGAGGGAGUUCUUCCGCUCCCAACUCAGCCAGGCAGAAGUCACCUCGGGUGCGAAGCUGCCCAGCGAGUACGCACUCAUUCCUUUUGAUGCCUUCACACUCAGGAGGGUGUACCAGCUUGAAACAGGUCUGACCAGACACCCCGAGGAGAGGCCUGUGAGGAAGGACCGCAGGGACGAGCUGAUCGGCACCGUUGAAUCAGCGCUGCACGUACUGAACGGACCUCAGCAGCAUGUGGACAACAUCAAGAGGAAGCACACGUACGGACCGGCCGACUUUAUUCAGGGUUUGACUCGCACCGAGCGCGACAGAGGAAGCGUCUACGAGCUGGUGUUCAAAGGCGACCGGCCGCAGGUCUUCACUCAGCUGGUCCUCUUCAGGCCGUUCGGCCCUCUGAUGAAGGUGAAGAGUGACAGAGUCGAUACCCGCAGAAUGCUCAUCAACAUCAUCGUGCCUCUCUCCAAGAGAGCCGAUGCUUUCAAGCACUUCAUCAGCAAUUUCAGGGAAGUGUGUAUCCAGCGAGACGGCAGAGUCCAUCUCACCAUCGUCUACUUCGGUCGCGAGCAGAUUGAUCUGGUGAAAGCAAUGUUGGACCAGAUCACCAGAGAGACUCGCUUCAGGAGCUUCACCCUGAUCCAACUGAAUGAGGAGUUCUCACGAGGGCGGGGUUUAGAGGUGGGUGCCAAGGCCUGGAGGCGGAGCCAGAAUAUCUUGCUCUUCUUCUGCGAUGUUGACAUCCACUUCACCUCCGACUUCUUGACCUCAUGCCGUCUGAAUGCAGAGCCAGGGAAGAGGGUGUAUUAUCCAAUCCUCUUCAGUCAGUACAACCCAUCAAUUAUCUACAGCAACCAGACACUUCUACCUUCACUGCAACAACAACUGGUGAUCAGGAAGGAAACUGGCUUCUGGAGGGAUUUUGGGUUCGGCAUGACGUGCCAGUACAGGUCUGACUUCAUCAACAUAGGCGGCUUCGACCGCAGCAUCAAGGGUUGGGGUCUGGAGGACGUCCAUCUGUAUAGGAAGUACCUGCACAGUAAGCUGUUGGUGGUCCGUGCUCCGUCCCGCAGCCUCUUCCACAUGUGGCACGAGAAGACGUGCGCGGACGAGCUGCCGCCCGACAAGUACAAGAUGUGCAUGCAGACCAAGGCCAUGAGCGAAGCCUCGCACAGUCAGCUGGGCGAGCUGAUCUUCAAACAAGAGAUCCAGGAGCAUCUCAAGAGGAGCAGAGGGAUAUGAAGAGUGUGAUGAAGAAUUGCUGUGAUGUUUG